UUUUUUAUUUUAUAUUUCAGCUUUUGGCGUAUACUUCUCAAUGACGAAUAUCAAAGUUAACUUCCCAAGAGCAAUCAAGAAGUUCAUGUUCCAACCCUACGACCACCCCUUUAUUAAUCUUAGUGCAAUCAAAUCAGGAAUGAAGCAGGAAUCUAAUCUAAUGUACAGCAUCAAUGGAUCGGGGGAAUACUUCCAGAUCAAUUCAAAAACCGGUGAAAUAUUCUUUACUCCGAAGUUUUUUUCACAAAUUGAAAAAAUUGGAACUAUCCCGAUUUCUGCACACGUCGAUGAUACGACGAAGUCGAUUGGAGAUAAGACCAUCGUUCAAGUUAGCUUGUCUCCUUUGGAGAAUUUAGAUUGUGAUGAAUUCGCGGACGAUAUUUGUUUUUGGUCAGACGUAAUUUACAAGGUGGAGAGGACAAACAUCGCGACCUCUGUUGGACCCUUGUCAUCUCCGCGUUUGUUGGAGAUGUGCCCCUUUAAAAUUAAUUAUAGCAUGGAGGCAGAUUCCUUGAUACAUCUGGUUCCGCCCGAUCAACAUCACAAAUUCUGGUCGAUUGCUACUAGUGCAAAAAUAAAAAGUUCAAGUAGAAGUAACAUAUCUGUUCGGUUGACUUGCAAUGUUGAGACAGUAAGUGGAAAUGAGAAAGGGCAUGUAAGAAAAAUAGACAGAAAUGUUAAGAUUAUAGUGUUUGAUAUGGAUAUGCAUCUUCCUGUGCCGCAAUCUGAAGAAAUUACCAUUGAGUUGAAAGAUAGAAACUUCAAAAAGGGCGAUAUAAUACAUCACCCCCACUUAAUAUUCAUAGAUGACGAUUCUGAAAAAGCAAAUCAUUAUAGAGCUACUAUAGAUGAUGGAAAUGAUAAAAGUUUUCUCAAAGCUAAUUGUUCCAAAAAAGAGUUUUCGAGAAAUAAUAAGAACCAAACAGCCGUUCAUUGCAAAUUAGAGUUUAAAGAAGACUGGGUAUUUAAGACGUCAUUAUAUUCAUUUAUACUUAAAUUGAAUGAUACUUCACUUAUUAAAAAAAAUGUCCCAUCAACGGUCGAACUCCCUAUUCAUUUGUCCUUCAAGGACACGCCGGAAUCCUUAACGCUGUUAAAAUUGUAUCCAAGUACACCUAAAAUAUUCAGGUCUGCAGGUCCAUUAGCAAGAGUAACCCAACCGAAUCUCAUUGACAAAAAUUAUAAUAAUUUUAAAUUGAUAGAAACAUCAAAAUUCAAAGGAAUUUUCAAUAUUACGAAAACUCAGGGUAUUAUCUUCGUUCACGAUUAUCUGAAAUUAAAACAUAUCACCACUCAAUUUUUGAGCCUAAACAUUUCUUGGACGAAAGGUAACAAACCUGAAUUCGAUGAGAUUCAAGUAAGAAUUGUCAUAGAACCGAAUCAGACAUGUACGAAUUUUGAACGAGAAGACGAUUGGACAAUUUGUUCAGAAUACGAAACAAUUGACGACUGUUUAAGCAGUAGUUCAUGUGGUAUUGGAACUGGAGGAUCUACUAGUGUCGAAAUGAGGAAAGGUCCAGAAAGAUGCAUGUGGAGAGGGGACGAAAUAACCACAACUACUACUCAUUUAUAUUCAACUUGUACUUCAGACAGAAAAACUUGUCCAGACAACAAGUGUGAUUCUUUGGAAGAGUUGCAUCCAGCUUUAUGCCCACAAGAUUGUACUACUAUAGUAAAUUGGCCCUUAAAGCUUGCAAAAUCUGGGUCUGGAGUAGAUGAAGCUAGUGGGACCGUUGUGUGUACUAAACUAGGAUGUACGGUAAUCAAAUCAAGAAGAUCUGAUGCAAAAAAGAAGAAAGAAGAUAAAUUAAAGAAACAUUUAAAACUUGCUGAUCGAGUUGUAAAUGAGAGUUUAGUGCAAAAUGAAAACGUCACCAUAGGUGCAUUUGUAAAAGCAAAAUGUGACUUUGCCUGCAUGGUUGGCGUUGGAGCAGGUACUUUGGUUCUCAUUGGUUCCGUUGUUUUCAUCAUUGUCUGCUGGGGCUUGAGAAAAAAUAAAAAAUCUGUAAGGAAUUUACUGGAAAAGGAUAAUCAAGAAUUAACAGCACCUUUGUCUCUAUCUAAUAAUAGAAACGGAUUAGGGGAACCGUUGUCGUUCAAUUUUCAACAGAGCGCUGAUACAACUUUUAUCAAUAUCAUCAAUAAAUAUGCACCUGAUCCUAAGUGGGAAUUUCCUAGAUCACAGCUUGUCAUCGAGCAGACUCUCGGUGAGGGAGAAUUUGGAAAAGUCCUGAGGGCUAAAGCACAGAAUAUUGCAGGAAAAGCAGGUUUAACAACUGUAGCAGUAAAAACACUUAAAGACGAUGCUAGAGAAUCUGAACUGAAUGAUCUUCUGUCGGAAUAUCAAUUGCUCAAAGAAGUAUCGCAUCCGAAUGUCAUCCGGUUGCUAGGAGUUUGUACUGCUCCAGGAGGACCUGUAUAUCUUAUCAUUGAAUACGCUGAAUUUGGUUCCCUAAGAAACUACCUCAGAAGAACGAGACACCUCCAGCAGAAUUCUAACCUCAACAUGGUGCAAAAGGAAGAAUAUGCUUGUCAUUACGAUGAACCAAAAGUUAGUGAUGUCACUCCGAAGGAUCUUCUAUCGUUUGCUUGGCAGAUUUGCAAUGGAAUGGGCUACCUUAGUGAUAUGAAGUUGGUUCAUAGAGAUUUAGCAGCUAGAAAUGUUCUUCUAUCUGAAGAAAAAGUUUGUAAAGUUUCCGAUUUUGGUUUAACACGAGAUGUAUACGAAGAUAACGCCUAUCUAAAACGAAGCAAAGGAAGAGUUCCUGUGAAGUGGAUGGCACCAGAAUCCCUAGCUGAUCACAUUUAUACCACAAAAUCUGACGUCUGGAGUUUCGGUAUUCUGAUAUGGGAAUUAGUCACAUUGGGGGCUACGCCUUAUCCAGGAAUAGCUGUCCAGAAUUUAUUCCAUCUUCUUCGUCAAGGAUACAGGAUGGAGAGACCUGACAAUUGUUCACCAGGGCUGUACAAAAUAAUGAGGAGUUGUUGGCACAUAGAUCCCGAGCAACGACCAUCUUUCUUAGAACUAAGUAAAUGGUUUGCUAAACUACUUGAAGAUAAAAUGGAGUAUAUUAAUUUGUCGAGUAAUGCUAUUUACAACAAAGGCUAUUUUGUGUCUCCAUUUGAAGAGGAAGAAGAAGAAAACGACCUUGAUGCUUCAGAAUCAUCAGAUAUCAGUCCUUUGAAUUACUUAUCAAGAACAACUUCCUACGAAAAAUGCGAUGCAAGAGAAAAAGAAAUAAACGAAGAAUUAGAAAAAAUCACCGAUAACUCAAACAAACAAGGCUACGAAACACCUGUUAAAGUCCCAAGAAGAGUGAAGACUCCAAGCAAUGAAGAUCCUCAAGAAUAUACGGAUAUGGGUGGUAAAUGA